GAUUUCACUAUGACUCUGUACUUAAGGCACUACUGGAAGGACGAGCGUCUCUCAUUUCCCAGCACCACCAACAAGAGCAUGACCUUCGAUGGGAGGCUGGUGAAGAAGAUCUGGGUUCCUGAUGUCUUCUUCGUGCACUCCAAAAGGUCCUUCAUUCACGAUACCACCACAGACAACAUCAUGCUGCGGGUGUUCCCUGACGGUCACGUCCUCUACAGCAUGAGGAUCACAGUGACAGCAAUGUGCAACAUGGACUUCAGCCACUUCCCCCUGGACUCUCAGACGUGUUCUCUGGAGCUGGAAAGCUAUGCUUACACUGAUGAAGAUCUGAUGCUGUAUUGGAAAAAUGGGAAUGAAUCUCUGAAAACCGAUGAAAAGAUUUCUUUGUCUCAGUUUUUGAUACAAAAAUUCCAUACUACAUCGAGACUGGCUUUCUACAGUAGCACGGGUUGGUACAAUCGCCUCUACAUAAACUUCACUUUACGUCGACACAUCUUCUUCUUCUUGCUCCAAACCUACUUCCCUGCCACCCUCAUGGUCAUGUUGUCCUGGGUGUCCUUUUGGAUCGAUCGCCGAGCAGUUCCAGCCAGAGUCUCUUUGGGGAUAACCACCGUGCUGACCAUGUCCACCAUCAUCACUGGGGUGAACGCCUCCAUGCCUCGUGUUUCCUAUAUCAAAGCAGUGGACAUUUACCUGUGGGUCAGUUUUGUGUUUGUCUUCCUCUCGGUGCUGGAAUAUGCGGCAGUGAAUUACCUGACUACAGUGCAAGAGCGGAAGGAGAGGAAACUGCGGGAGAGGUUUCCAUGUGCGUGUGGAAUAACUCAUUCGAAAACUAUGAUGCUGGAUGGAAACUACAGUGAAUCUGAUGCCAACAGCCUGGCAGGAUAUACAAGAAACCAGAUGGUCUCAGAGGAAGAAAAGCAAGAAAAGAUGGUUGUGCACUUAGCUAUGAGCAAUGAGUCUAAUUCAUCAAGGAAGAGAGGCCUGAAGGGCCAUGUGGGCUUGCGCAUCAUCCAGAACACUCACGCAAUUGAUAAAUACUCAAGAUUAAUAUUUCCAGGCACCUAUAUAUUUUUUAAUUUGAUAUAUUGGUCUGUCUUUAGCUAA